AUGGCCUAUUGUCCCCGCAAGAAGACCCAGUACACCAACUCAAAUGCAGCUCCCCCUGCAAUCUCUGUUGAUCUCGCCUCUGAGAACUCGGACGCUGCGGUCUGCAAGGAUGCUUUAGAAAUUACGGGCACUGUGGCCGGUGCUGUGAACGGUUAUGCGGGAACCGCUUUCACUCUGCUCUCAUACGCCUGCGGUGCGUAA